GGACACCUAUUACAAGAUACCUGUUUGGAUUUUAACACACUCAAGCAUCACCUCCAUUGUUAUUUUAGCAACCCCAUCAAGCUUUGAUUGGGAAGUCAACAGCCGCAAAGCUGCUGUCCACGUGGACUGGUGCUGACAUUUCUCGUCCAGCUGCGAGAGCCUCUCCAUCUAAACCUAGAGACAUGGCAACAAAUGGAACAAAAGUAGCUGAUGGACAAAUCUCCACAGAACUCAGUGAUGCCUCAAUCACCAAUGACAAGCCUAAGACACUGGUGGUCAAGGUGCAGAAGAAAAAAGGAGAUCUUCCAGACAGAGACACCUGGAAGGGGAGAUUUGACUUUCUUAUGUCCUGUGUUGGCUAUGCGAUUGGCUUAGGAAAUGUUUGGCGGUUUCCAUACCUUUGUGGGAAAAAUGGAGGAGGAGCAUUCCUGAUUCCGUAUUUCCUUACUUUGAUUUUUGCUGGAGUUCCCCUGUUUCUUUUGGAAUGUUCACUUGGGCAAUACACAUCCAUAGGAGGUCUUGGAGUUUGGAAGCUUGCUCCAAUGUUCAAAGGUGUGGGAUUAGCUGCUGCUGUCCUGUCCUUCUGGCUUAAUAUUUACUACAUUGUUAUUAUUUCCUGGGCCAUAUAUUACUUAUACAACUCUUUCACCACAAAUCUUCCAUGGAGACACUGUAACAACCCUUGGAACACAGACCACUGUUUCUCAAAUUAUAGUAUAGCAAAUACCACCAACAUGACAAGUGCUGUUUUGGAAUUCUGGGAACGUAACAUGCACCAAAUGACAGAUGGAUUGGAAAAACCAGGCCAGAUCCGUUGGCCAUUAGCAAUUACUCUAGCAAUUGCCUGGGUUUUAGUGUAUUUCUGCAUCUGGAAGGGGGUAGGCUGGACAGGAAAGGUAGUGUACUUCUCUGCCACGUAUCCAUACGUCAUGUUGAUUAUCUUGUUCUUCCGUGGAGUAACAUUACCUGGAGCAAGAGAAGGCAUUUUAUUCUAUGUAACUCCUAAGUUUGAGAAGCUCUCCGACUCUGAGGUAUGGCUGGAUGCUGCCACACAGAUCUUUUUCUCCUAUGGUCUGGGUCUUGGCUCAUUGAUAGCUCUUGGAAGUUACAACCCUUUCAACAACAAUGUUUACAGGGAUUCCAUCAUAGUGUGCUGCAUAAAUUCUUGCACAAGCAUGUUUGCUGGUUUUGUUAUCUUCUCCAUUGUUGGAUUCAUGGCUCAUGUCACCAAACGUCCUAUUGAAGAAGUUGCAAAAUCAGGUCCUGGGCUUGCAUUUUUAGCCUAUCCAGAAGCAGUAACACAACUUCCUGUCUCACCUUUGUGGGCAAUACUGUUCUUCUCCAUGUUGCUCAUGCUUGGAAUUGACAGUCAGUUCUGUACCGUUGAAGGAUUCAUAACAGCUCUAGUGGAUGAAUUUCCAAAACUGUUACGCAGUCGGAGAGAAAUUUUUAUUGCUUGUGUGUGUGUCGUUUCCUAUCUGAUAGGACUGUCCAAUAUUACUCAGGGUGGACUGUAUGUGUUCAAGCUUUUCGACUAUUAUUCUGCAAGUGGAAUGAGUCUCUUGUUUCUUGUGUUCUUUGAGUGUAUCUCCAUAUCCUGGUGCUAUGGUGUAAACAGAUUUUACGACAAUAUCCAGGAGAUGGUUGGAUAUAGGCCCUGCAUCUGGUGGAAGCUCUGCUGGUCUUUCUUUACUCCAAUCAUUGUGGCAGGUGUAUUUAUCUUCAGUGCCGUGCAAAUGACUCCUCUCACUUUGGGCGAUUACGUAUUCCCGGCAUGGGGCCAAGGUGUUGGCUGGUUUAUGGCUCUAUCAUCCAUGGUGCUGAUUCCAGGCUACAUGGCAUACAUGUUCCUUACAUUAAAAGGCUCCUUGAAACAGCGAAUCCAGGUAAUGAUUCAGCCAAGUGAAGACAUUGCUCAUCCUGAAAAUGGACCUGAACAAGCCCAGCAGAGCAACUCUGCAAACAAAGAAGCAUAUAUAUAGUCUGGGUCAUUGAAAUACAAAGCUUCCUUUAGGGGGGCAAAAAAAAAACACCAUACACAAAUGAAACAUGGUUGAAUAUGACCACAAAUUUAUGUCUGAGAAUAAAAUUACCUACCUCUAGUGGCACAAAAGACCAUCACCACUAUAAGGGAAGCAAUGUGGAUAUGAUCAAACCAUUUUGUGGGCUUAGUUGUUGACAAUGUUUUGUGUUUCCUGGCAAUCCAUAGACUGUUAACAUUUUUAUUCUCUUUCAGUAAGAGCUGGAUAUCUUUCGGAAUUUAUAAAGACAUGUAGGCCAUUUUUAAUCUACCUUUUAACACAACAAUUUGAAGUUUUGUGCAGCUGAUUUUUAUUAAUAUAUUUCAUACUGUUUGAAUCCCAAGACUGUUAUUUCUGAGAACAGUUAAAACAGAAAGCUGUUUUGUAUUCACCAGCAAAGUAUUUUUUACCAAGAAAAUUUACAUUGAAAACACUGCCCUUAAAAAUAUUGACCAACUUUAUUCUGGAGUUGGUUUUUCUAAUUUUCAUGAAAAUCUUCUGAUGUACUACAGUAUACUGAAUCAUUCAUAUACAAAUGCUAUUAGCAAGCUAUUUUGGGAUAUACAGUACAGACUAAAUUGCACCACUCCCUAACCCAACCUAUUGAGAUGCCAACAUUUAAUGUAUUACUUUAUAGCAAUAUAUCUUUUAGAAUAUUUUCCAUGUCGGCAUCUUUCAAAGUAUUGGGAUGUUUUUUUUAAACAAAAAACAAAAAGCCAGCCGCACAAGUGAUAAUAUGACUACAUACUUCAAACUGUGAAGAGUCCCUCCCAAAGGCUGCCGUACACAUUAAAGCUGUACACGUUAUCUUUCAUUUAAUCCAGGUUGUGCUUCACUUUUGAGUUGUGUCAUUGACAGGUAUAGCACUUUCCCACAAAUAGAGAACCAAACAAAUAGCUUCUACAUCGAGAUGCUCCCCGCAGAAUAUAAUUUAGGGCUUUAAAAUUAGCACUGCUCUAGUCGGUCUGUUGAAGGUCUUAUCAACAAUAGAGGUUUUUGACUAGCAAGCAUAUUAUAAAGCACUUUGAAGAAAGAAUUUUAUUUUUAUGGUUUUAUUUAGGUAUGUAUUUUUCAUGGGAAAGAUGGAGAAGUGAGGAAACGGUCUUGCCAUAAACAGCUCCAUUCUAGGCUCUCGCUUGCAUUCUCCACACAGGCACCUAAAGCUAAUGGAUUUCUUCCUGUGUGGAAAAUGGCAAGACUCAAGAGUCCAUAAAGGUAACUCUUGUUUGGCAGCUAUGAGACAGAAAGUGAGAAUCGUAAGAAAAGUGGUAUGUGAUGUUUGAUUCUAAAUGACUGUGACAGAACUGUGCAAUGAAACAUGCUUUUCAGCUAAACCUUGUGCAACGUACAAUGUUAGAUAGCACACACUUUAUGUAGAACUACUAUGUGAACAACAUGUUAACUGUGAAUGUUGGGUUUUUUUGUUGUUUUUUGUCUGAGGGUGACAAACAUAUGUUCUUGCAAUAAGGUAUUAUUCUCAGAAUGUCAAGCACAUUAUUGUAGAAUAUAUAUAUAUACAUAUAUUUCAACUUAACAAAUAAAAAAACUCAUAAAAAGAGUAUUGUUUAGUAGGUUCUAAACCGUUUCAUACAGUAGAUCAACUGUAAAAUAUUCAGAUAUCUAUGAUACAUGCUGAAUAUCUAUAGACGAACUCACAAAUAAAUCCAAAUGUCUUGUAGAUUUUCGGGGUUUAGGGGGGGAAGAAAAGAAAACAUGUCAUACUUCACUUGCUUCAUAUACAUUAUAACUGUGAAUUUCAUUAGACUUAAGAUACAAAAUUCAGACUUUCUCUUUAUUGUUUAUGUAACCAAGUCCCAUGUUGUUCUAAGAAAAAUGCAGUAUUCAAUGUUUGAUUGUAAAACAAUUAUGACAGAUGUUUGACAGAUUUGCUCUUUAGCAGAAUCCUGUACAAACGUAUCAUAUAUAGCACAAAAAUAGUGUCGUAGAACUACUGUGUGUAAGCUGUGAAUAGCUGUAUCUUUUUGUAGUAUUUCCCCUU